CCGCCGCCGGGGCCGCCCCCGCCGCCGCAGCUCGCCGAUGGAGCCUGUCGCUCUGCCGGACGACGACGAUCUCCUCCGGGAGAUCCUCCUCCGCCUCCCGCCGCAGCCCUCCUCGCUCAUCCGCGCCUCCGCCGUCUGCAGGCGGUGGCGGAGCAUCACCACCGAUCCUAGAUUCCUCGGCCGCUUCCGCGCGCACCACCGCAAGCCGCCGCUCCUCGGCGCCUUCGAGUACAUCCAGGGCGACCUCGUCUUCACCUCCUUGCUCGACCGUCCCGACCGCAUCCCUCCCGGGCGCUUCGACCUGGGACGCUACAGCGACCGCCGCGACUACGGCGUGCUCGGCUUCCGCCACGGCCGCGUCCUCGUCUUAGACCGUGUGCGCAAGGACCUCGUCGUGUGCGCCCCCGUCACCGGCGAGCAGCGCCGCGUGGCCGUUCCGCCCGAGUUCAAGAAGGGCUCCCUCAACGGGGCCGUGCUCUGCGCUGCCGGCGACCCUGGCCACGUGCACGGUGAAUGCCACUCCAGCCCCUUCAAGGUGGCCUUGGUAUCCUUGUGCAGGCAUGACUAUAGACCCCUCGCCAGUGUUUACUCCUCAGAUACCGGGGCAUGGAGCAAUCCCGUCUCGACGGCGGCUCCAUGUCAACUGUUUGAUGCUUGUAUGGAUGGCUCACUCGUUGGUAAAGCAAUUUACUGGUUGCUUACAACUAUGGAGGCUGGCAUUUUGAGUUUGAUUUGGAAGAGCAGAGUCUAGUUGUGAUCAAGGGGCCACCCGUUACAGAUGAUUUCCCGGGUGGUGGUACCCAUCGAAUCAUCCAGGCUGAGGAUGGCGCUGUUGGCUUCGCCAUGAUGUAUUACCCACACUUCCAAACGUGGCAAAGGAACGUCGAUGCUCAUGGUGUUGCCACAUGGGUGCCGUGGAAGACCGUUGAAUUGCGUAACAUUCUCGGGCCCCGUCCUCAGAUUGGGAGAACCAGAAGGAUGGCGCGAUUGACACGAGGCUGGGACUAUGUCAAGGGGACGGGAGGUAUAAUGUGCUAUGUUGAGGAUACUGAUGUAAUUUUUAUACAUAUGGACGUCAAUGUCUACAUGAUUCAACUUAAUUCAUUGCAAUCCAAGAGUAUUCCUGGAAAACGUUUUAGAAGUGCCUACCAUCCAUUCAUGAGUUUCUAUACACCAGGUAAUUGCUUGUCCUUAGUCCUAAUAUUGUAUGAGCUGCCAAAUUCAGUUAUGUUUCAUAAAUGGUUGCUCAAGCAUCUUAAUUCUAUCUCUGAAGUCACAGGCAAUCUAAGCCUAAUCAGCAAUUAUCCCUUUGAUAGAUAGACAAACUUAAUCUAUAGCCAUAUUUUCCUUAUGUUCUCAUUAGCUGUUUUCAUUCCUGGAAGGUCCAAAUCAAAUGUCAAAUGGUUAAAAUUGCAAAAUCAAAUGUCACUUAGUAACUUAAUUGAGAUGUUUGGAGUAUCAAAGCUAAUUAUAUUCUUUUAUCCCUUACUUUUUAAAAUCGAUAAUAACAACUUCGGUUGAAUCCAUACCUUAAAUGAUAUUCCUGCCAUUCCAAUAUCUUGGGCUUAUUAUGUUUUGCUAAGACAAAACUUUGACUUGGUCGCAAAAGAAACGCUUUGACCAAGAAUUACUCCUUUACCGCAUGGUUUAUAUGAUGUAAUAUUGCAAUUCUCUGUACACUUUUUUGAAAACAAUCAAGUGGUACCAAGUUCAUGUCAUAAAAAGGCAUAUUAACAAAGUAAUUCUUCAUCAAAGCCUCAUCUUAAUGAAACCUAAUACGCCUGCAUAUGAGAAUAUAGUACUUAUUUUUUGUCACUUGUAGACCCUCUUGCAAGUGACUAGUACUCCCUCUGUCCGUGUUUAUUAGGCCUGCUAGCCGAAGCUCUAGGACCAUGAUGGGAAGGAAAACUAGAGUAUGAGCUUGUUUGUUGCUAAUUAAUUAGCUUGCAUUGCAUAAAAAUAUCUACCUUUGCAGUGAAGCCGAACGUGGCGCGCACGCCUUGCACCUUUCUAUGCCCCCAUCGCUAAUUAAUUCCGUUGCAUGCAGCACUUACCUAAUUUUGUCACAAAAAAAGUACAUCCUGAUUAAUUUCAUUGCACGCGGCAGAUUUGGACGUCAUUGGUUGCCCCGCUGACCCAAUAAACACGAUGGAUGGAGUAUAUUGGUAGCACACAAAAAUAAAUUGCAUUUCUUGGCUCUAAUCAUGCUUCAAUUAUUUAAAAUUGCAUACCUGAAGUCACUUUUGUUGCUAAAGUUUAUUAGUUUGGUGUUUUAAUUGUGUUGGUUGACAACUUGACUUGACUAGGGACGAGUUUACAUGAGAUAAAUUCUGUACCAUGUCUUGGUUCUUCUUAUUGGCUAAGUGUACUGUUUUCUGUAUAUUCCUUUUUAGUAUAAAAAUGAGCUAUAAAUCGUCUACAAAAUGCGAGUUACAAAAGUGAGUUCUUUCGCUCAAGUAGUGUUUCAGAGCUAUCCAUCUGUCUUUUCCUUGGAACUGUUUUUAAUUGGCUGACUUCCUGUGUCUCCAUGCACAGCCAUUGCUGGUGGAUAUAACGAAGCUGGGGAUGGCUGACUGGUUUGAUGUGUGAAUGUGCUGAAACGGUUCAACAUGUGAAGGAACGGCUGCUGCCGUUCUCGCUGAGUCCAUCGCAUCGCAUCACAUCAAUGUGUUCGACAAAAUUUAUAAACUAUCUAAACGAACUUGCUGAAUGUGUGCUAGUCUACCAAAGUUUCGGAUGUAACCGUGUUAAUAGAGGGAAUUUCACCUUCCCCUGGUGAUAUGGUUGUGGACUUGUGGUCAUGUCAAAUCUCAUUGUUUUUUUGUUGUUGGCAAAAUGUAGUGAGUGCUACUUUUCAUU